ACCUGGAACGAAGGAGACGAUUCCUGACAGUGAGGACAAUUAAUCAGUGGAACAACUUUUCUCCAGAAAUUGUAACUCCAUCAUUGGAGCAACAGAUUGCAGAAACUCGAUAGAAGCCGUGAGACAGGAGGGAAAACCUGCUACUACGGAGCCCAUCGCGCACCUCUCUUGCCAAUCCAACGCCAACAGGAGGAAGGCAGAGACCCCCAGAAGCCAUGACCGCCAUCAGACUCAGCUUCUUCCGGUUCUCCACCCUGGAAGGGAAGGCGGUCCAUGUGGCACUCCUGAUCUUCUUCCUGCUCUUCGUGGCCAUGACCAGCCUUUUCCUGUGGCAGUACAGCCUGCCCAAAGUGAAGUCCAGUUUAAUCAGCACGGACGCCAAACCAGCAGCCGCGGAGAUGUGUCCCCGCUACCCAGAACCUGUCCCAUUGGACCACCCCAUCCCCAUCCUGAAAGAUGCUCUGGAAAAGGUGGACACUCUUCUCCGGCAUAAAAUCCGCAACCCGGGCCUUCCAGCCUUGUCGGCCAUUGUCAUCUACAACGACACUGUCUUGUGGACUGGCAACUUUGGGAAACGCAACGGCUCCAGUAACUUUUCACGUCUCCCCAGCGAAUAUUCCAUUUACAGGAUCGGAAGCAUCUCUAAGUUGUUCCCGACCGUCAUGUUGCACAAACUUUGGGAAGAAGGGAAGAUAACGUCCCUCGAUGAUUCCUUGGAGUGCUACGCCCGAAAUUUCUCCAUCAAAAACCCCUUGGGGCAUCUCAAGGAAUCCAAACCGACGUCUUCGGGGGACGGGGCGGGCUAUUUUGAGGACAAACCGCUGCCCCCCCGGCCUUCUUCGGUCACCCUGCGAAGGAUGGCCAGCCAGCUGUCAGGCCUGCCCCGACGUCUGAGGUCCACCAGCCUCAUGUGGAAAGGAACCACCCAAGAAGCUUUAGCUCUUCUCCGAGAUGAUAUCUUGGUGGCCGAUCCAGGAACCCGGUGCCAUUAUAGUAACUUGGCGUUCUCCUUAUUGGCUUAUGUAUUAGCUGAGCAGGUGGCCAAGAGUGAGUACCAGAACUGGGUCUGUGAGAACAUCCUCGACCGCCUUGGGAUGGAAGACACAGGUUUUGAUAUCACGCCCAACAUCCGUUCCAGAAUGACCGUUGGAGUCUACGGCAGCGGAGAAGUGGCUCCUCUCUACGAUCUGGGCUGGUAUAGACCUUCUGGCCAGAUGUUUUCCACGGCGGCUGACUUGGCCAAGUUAGCCAUGGUCUUCUUGGGCACCUAUCACCGGCGUCUUUUGGAGCCUGAGACUCUGAAGGUCAUGUUGACUCCGCUCUUGAAGUGCUCCAGGGACUACUUUGCCAACAAGACGGGCACUCCUUGGGAGAUUAACGAGCAGAUGGGUUAUGAUCUCCUCCGGAAGGAUGGAGACAUAGAUGGCUUCUCGGCCACCUUCUCCCUGGUCCCCAAACUCCGCCUGAGCUUCAUCAUCUUGAUGGCUGGUCCACGCCCCCAAGGAGGAGACAUCGUAACCCAGAUCUACGAUUACCUGAUUCCUUCCCUGGAAUUCGCUUUUCGGGAAGUCGAGAAGAAGCUGAAGACUCCACCGAGUCCUGCUCCCUACGUGGGCUACUAUACCUUCUCCAACCUGACCUUCUAUGAGAUCAAGGUGGGGCCCAGAGGAGAGCUGCUGAUGCAGCAAUUCGGGCCUCACAUCGAGAAGGUCAUCCCUGAAAAGUACCGGACCAUUAAACUCCACCAUCUUGAAGAUCGCACCUUCCAAGUAGUCUUUGAGGAGGAAUUUCCGUGCAUCCUGAAGUUAGGGCCUGCCUCGAUUUCCCUUGAGGCCCAAGAUGGGCAGCUUUUCAACUUCUACCCAUUUGAUCCCAAGGGACUCUCUCCUGGUUUUGAUGUCCCAGGGUUGAACACCUACAACAUCCUCCGUCUUCGAAGGAGACCUGUCUUCUCCUAACAGAACUGUCACUUCUCCCGCGCAGGAGACCAUCCUCCAACCAGGAGGCUGAGAAGAGAAGACAACCAGCACCCCAGAAUUAGCUGAAGAUUUUUCUCCUUUUCCAUGAAAAACAAUGGCACCCGGUCGAAAAAAAAGUCCUUCGCUCCGUCCAUCGUUGUCCACUUCUAGGUGCCACCAUGAGAUAGGCCCCAGUUGAGUCUCAAGAUCUCCAGAAGGAGUCAAAUUGGUUGUUGGAGCUGAAGUUCUUCACAGGAGUAGGUGUUGCGUCAGAAGAUCCAAGAUGGAGAAAGAAAUUAAAAAAGAAAAUGAAAGAGAAGCAAAGGGAGAAAUAAAGGUGACAUCCUCAUCUUAAGACGCUUACAUUGUUGAGAAGACUUCAUGUUCCUGUGAAGCUGGAGGAGAUGGACUUCCAUGAAGGCCCAUAACUAACCAGACCACCAUGGAGGUGGUGGCCUCUUCUUUAUAGAAGGUGUUCAGUAAAAGUUGGAUGAGCACCAGGAUCCUGUAGAAAUGGCUUCCUGUAUUGAGCAACGGGUGGACUAGAUGUUCUUCAAGGAAUCUUCCAAUCUUCUCAUUCUAUGAUUUUAUGACAUUAUAAGAAAGUAGAUUUUGGUUGGACAUCACGAAGAAUGUUAUAACUGAAAGAGUUCUCCAAAUGAAACAUCUGAGAUGGUGGAGUCACCUUCUUGGGAGGACAAAGUUCGGCAGGGGGUAGAGUCCUGCAGUGGUCAGGAGUUGGACUGGAUGAUCUCCAAAGUCCCUUCCAAUCCUUCAUUCCAUGAUUCUAUGAAUACAAGAAGCUCGAAGUGAAAAUCACAAACGUAGAUCCUUGGUCUUCAUGUUCUGUUCAAGAUCUAUUUCUCGGUUUUGAUCUAUGAAUGGUCAUGUGUGUAUGUUUGUUGUGUGUGGCUCUACGUAGAGUAGACCCAUGUGCCUGGGCUGGGCCAACACAUUCAAGAUGGUGAUUGCAACUGCACAAUCAAUAGCCCUUGGCACAAACCAGUUUGGUCUAAUAGAGAAGCCACCAGGCUAGAAACCAGGAGAUGGGGAGUUCUAGUCCCACCUUAAUAAUGAAAGUCAGCUGGGUGACUUUGGACCAAUGACCAGGAGCCAAGGAGUUCUAGUCCUACCUUAGGCAUAAAAAUCAGCUGGGUGACUUUGGGCCAAUCACCAGGAGACAGGGAGUUCUAGUCCUUCCUUAGACAUGAAAGCGAGCUAGGAGACUUUGAGCCAAUCACCAGGAGACAGGGAGUUCUAGUCCCUCCUUAGACAUGGAAAGCGAGCUAGGAGACUUUGAGUCAAUCACCAGGAGAUAGGGAGUUCUAGUCCCACUUUAAUAACGAAAGCCAGCUGGGUGAUUUUGGAGCCAAUCACCAGGAGACAGGGAGUUCUAGUCCCUCCUUAGACAUGAAAGCGAGCUGGGAGACUUUGAGUCAAUCACCAGGAGAUAGGGAGUUCUAGUCCCACUUUAAUAACGAAAGCCAGCUGGGUGACUUUGGAGCCAAUCACCAGGAGACAGGGAGUUCUAGUCCCUCCUUAGACAUGAAAGCGAGCUGGGAGACUUUGAGUCAAUCACCAGGAGACAGGGAGUUCUAGUCCCCUUUAAUAACGAAAGCCAGCUGGGUGACUUUGGAGCCAAUCACCAGGUGACUGGGAGUUCAAGUCCUGCCUUAGGCAUGAAACUCCACUGGGUGACUUUCACUGGGUGACUGGGGAGUUCUAGUCCCACCUUCAUAAUGAAAGCCAGCUGGGUACCUUUGGGACAAUCCCCAGGAGACUGUGAAUUCUAGUCCUACCUUAGGCACGAAAGCUGGGUGGGUGGCUCUAUUAGGCCAGCCCCUCUCUCCCAGCCCACCCCCACAACGUUGUUGUGAGAAAAAUAGGAAGAGGGAAGGAGUUUUCAUUAUGUUCACCGCCUUGAGUGAUUCCUAAACAUUCUUGGUGGCUAUAAAUAUGUAUAAAAAAAAAAGAGAGAGAGAAAUAGCCAGCCGGCGCCCUGCAGCUCCAAUCUCCGUGAAAGACACGUGUGACGCAGACCACGGGACCACGAAGCAGUGACCUGAAUUUUGAUGUUUUUUUAUCUCUGGGAUGGACGAAUGAAAAUCGUGGCCCAGCGGUCGUGAGCUUGGGGGGAGAGAUUAAAAAUGGAGCCAUCAUCUGAUGGGCGCUGAGCUCCAAAUUACAGGAUUAUAGGGAGAAGAGAAAGAUUUGAGGUUAAUAAAACACACGCAUGUUUUUUUUCCCCCCGAAAUGCCCAUGCUGUAGACGGAGACAUCAUUCAAUCCGUCUGCCACUUGUCCUAAGGAUAUUCCUCCCUUCCCAGCAUCAUCCUGAAAUCUCGGUUGGUAAAUUCCCUUCCUUUGAAUUGCUAAGUCGAACUGAUUUUUAAGCAGCCUUUAAAAAGAAGAAGGAAAAAAAAAAAGUGAAUUAAACGCCGGAAAGGAUAGACACCACGACAAACGAAAAGGCACAUCAAAGAA